AUGUCAGAGAAGGCUCCAGGUGCUAUUCCCGUGGUCGAGUAUAGCUCUAACGAUUAUGAAGAUAUCAUCACCGAGAAGAAGUUCGACGACACGGCCUUGGCUGAAGAACAUUGGACUCCACCCGAGGAAUGGGUCAACACUUUCGUCGAGUCGUACUCUGGUCAACAUGGCGGAGAGACACUCCCUCCAGGCUCUGAUCCUUACCGGGUGGCUCUCAGUGUUUUCACAAUGAAUGAAGUGGACGCUCUCGCUUUCAUCCAACAGCUUUUAGUUGAGAUUCCCGAGGACUAUUCAUUCGAUGCCACAUGGGCCGCUCGCAUCAGAGACCUCUACCUUGGACACGAACACUGCCAGAUGAAGCAGGACGAUUGGGCUUAUGAGAUCUGCAAGACUGCUGGUAUAUGUCGCAACUGGUCAUGUUAUGCCGAGGUACGAGCCGUUUUGCUGCCAUACGACGAUCCGUCGGAUCCUUGCGAGUCUUUCAGAGCAUAUCUUCUUGGUAUAUGCUGGAUCACAGUCUGUACCAUGGUCAACACUUUCUUUGCUCCUCGUCAGCCGGGUAUCUCUAUCCCUGGACAAUUCGUUCAACUCCUUCUCGUACCAAUGGGGCGUGCAGCAGCACGUUUUCUGCCCGACUGGGGCUUCACAAUCCGUGGCACGCGGUACACUCUCAACACCAAAGAACCAUGGUCACCAAAAGAGCAGCUUCUUUCCACCCUCAUGACGACUCAAGCUUCCGGAACUGGUAACUUCAACGGACUCAUUGUGCUCAGGAUGCCGAUGUUCUUCAAUCAGGCUUGGGUCAGAUUCGGCUACUCUCUCCUACUUGCUCUUGCCAACCAAUGUUACGGCCUGGGAAUGGCUGGUUUACUCAGGCGGCUCACGGUAUAUCCUACUCAAGCAGUCUGGCCAGGAUGUCUCCCGACGAUUGCUUUGAAUCGCGCACUUGUCGCCGCCGACAACCGAGGCGAAGUAGUCAACAGAUGGAAGAUCUCCCGAUGGCACCUUUUCCUAGCUUCUGGACUGGUCUUCAUCAUCUGGUACUGGAUCCCCAAUGUCUUCCUGCAAUCUGUCCGAUACUUCAAUUGGAUGACCUGGAUCGCUCCGAACAAUUUCCCGCUCGGAGUAGUCACGGGAUCAUGGGGAGGUCUGGGGAUCAACCCAAUCAACUGUUUGGAUCCGUCUUCAUCCGGCGCAGACAUUAUGAACUUUCCAUUCUUUGCGUGA